CUUCCUAUGCAGACAGACACACAACAUGGCGGACUAGAAUAGUCGGCCGACGCGCCCGGAUACAGCGGAUAAACUGCGGAGGUUUCACCAUCCAAGGAGCAGAACAAAGGACUCUCCAUCCCGGACAACACUUUGGGAGGAUUCGCUGUAUUUUUCAGGAGGAGCCAUCUUUAUCUGGAUCUAGGAGGAAAAAAAACUGACUGCGAAGUGUUGGCAGUGUGUCCCAGGUUGCGUUUCCCUCCCACCCCCCAACCCCGCUUACACUCCUCUCUGUUCCCGGGGUGUGGAGACAGGGGCCGGGUUGGAAAACGUGGAGGAGAAGGAGCAGAUAAACUCCCCUUGUCUGCUGGCCAUUUUUUUCCUCCCUAGAAAGGGUUCCCCUCUGGGCGCCGCAGGAGUUGUGGACCAAGUGAUGCGAAUGAGUGACUGAUGCCAACUUCGCUUCUUCAGGGCAGAAUGGGUGUGUGUCCCCUGCUCCUGCUUCUUGCUGUUGCCCUCGGGGCCUCAGCCCAAAACCAAAACACAACUACAGCCGGUCCUUUAAGUGUUACUAAUAACCAGGAUGGGACGACCGUCACACCCUCCAACAACCCAACAGAUACACAUGCAACAACCUCCAAAGCCCCGCCCACAUCUGCAGGUCCCACAACCGUCCCACCAACCCCAACAAAAGUGCAAUCAGAGACCAUCGAAUCAACAACAGCAGCUCCCCAAGAUGCAGCUGGGGGUCAACCUGAUUCCCCGUCACAAGGGCUCUCAUCGACGGCUUCUCCCACUACCCUCUCAUCUACGACCACACAAGAAACUUUCACUUUCACUACGACAACCCUGGCGCAAGACCACACUUCAUCAACCACCACGCAAAGUAGCGCCACAGACGCAGAUGGAGACGAUCCAGAUGAGUCUGAGGAAAUGCAAAUAAUCGCCGUGAUGGUGGCCCUGUCCUCCGUGCUGGUCAUCGUCUUCAUCAUCAUCAUCCUUUACAUGCUCAGAUUCAAGAGGUACAAACAAGCAGGAAGCCAUUCUAACUCCUUCAGAUUGACCAAUGGCAGAUCAGAUGAUACAGAACUCCAGAGUGUGCCGCUAUUGGCUCGGUCUCCCAGCACAAACAGGAAGUACCCACCCAUUCCCGUAGACAAACUCGAGGAAGAAAUGAACCGUCGCAUGGCUGAUGACAACAAGCUCUUCAGGGAGGAGUUUAAUGCCCUACCGGUCUGCCCCAUUCAGGCAUCAUGUGAUGCGGCUUCCAAAGAUGAGAACAAAGAAAAGAACAGAUAUGUCAACAUCCUGCCAUACGAUCACUCCAGGGUUCAUCUCUCGUCUCUGGAAGGAGUCCCAGAUUCUGACUUUAUCAAUGCUUCAUUUAUAAAUGGGUACCAAGAGAAGAAUAAGUUUAUUGCAGCUCAAGGGCCAAAGGAGGAAACAGUGAACGAUUUUUGGAGGAUGAUUUGGGAGCAGAACACAGCCACCAUUGUCAUGGUGACCAAUCUGAAGGAGAGAAAAGAGUGUAAGUGUGCGCAGUACUGGCCGGACCAGGGCUGCUGGACAUACGGGAACAUCCGCGUGUCUGUUGAGGACGCAGUGGUUCUGGUUGACUACACAAUCCGCAAAUUCUGCAUCCAACAGGUGGGGGAUGUUUCUGGAAAGAAGCCUCAGAGGCUCAUAACUCAGUUCCACUUCACCAGCUGGCCAGAUUUCGGGGUUCCCUUCACUCCAAUCGGUAUGCUCAAGUUCCUCAAGAAAGUCAAGAACUGCAACCCAAAUUAUGCAGGCCCUAUUGUUGUUCACUGCAGUGCGGGCGUGGGAAGGACAGGUACGUUUAUAGUGAUUGAUGCCAUGUUGGACAUGAUGAACACAGAGAGGAAGGUGGACGUGUUUGGCUUCGUCACCAGGAUAAGAGCCCAGCGCUGUCAGAUGGUCCAGACCGAUAUGCAGUAUGUUUUCAUCUUCCAAGCAUUGUUAGAGCACUACUUGUAUGGAGACACAGAGCUAGAGGUGACCUCGCUAGAGUGCCACUUAGCUAAACUUGGUGCUAACUCACCUGGAGCUGGCUGCAAUGGGCUUGAAGCUGAAUUUAAGAAACUAACAUCAAUCAAGAUUCAGAACGACAAGAUGAGAACGGGCAACCUGCCUCUGAACAUGAAGAAGAACAGAGUGCUACAGAUCAUUCCAUAUGAGUUUAACAGAGUCAUCAUUCCUGUCAAACGGGGAGAAGAAAACACGGACUAUGUCAACGCCUCCUUCAUUGAUGGCUACCGUCAGAAAGAUGCUUACAUCGCUAGUCAGGGACCCCUGCUGCACACCAUAGAGGAUUUCUGGAGGAUGAUCUGGGAGUGGAGGAGCUGCUCUAUUGUUAUGCUCACCGAACUGGAGGAGAGAGGACAGGAGAAGUGUGCUCAGUAUUGGCCCAGUGAUGGAGUGGUGUCACACGGGGACAUCAUCAUCGAGCUGAAAAGGGAGGAGGAGAAUGAGAGCUACACGGUUCGGGACCUCUUGGUCACCAACAACAGGGAGAACAAGGCUCGACUGGUGCGUCAGUUUCAUUUCCACGGCUGGCCAGAGGUUGGCAUCCCUACAGAUGGUAAAGGCAUGAUCAACAUAAUCGCUGCGGUGCAGAAACAGCAGCAACAGUCUGGCAACCAUCCCAUCACAGUUCACUGCAGUGCCGGUGCUGGCCGGACAGGGACUUUCUGUGCUCUUAGCACAGUUCUGGAGAGAGUGAAGGCAGAGGGCAUCCUGGAUGUCUUCCAAACAGUGAAGAGCCUCAGACUACAGAGACCGCACAUGGUGCAGACACUGGAGCAGUAUGAGUUCUGCUACAAAGUGGUCCAGGAAUAUAUUGAUGCGUUUUCUGACUACGCCAACUUCAAGUAGGGCCUUUCCGAGGAGCGACCAAUGGAUGGACAUCCACAUACACUUAUUACGAGUAUAAGCGUGUAGCAGAACACAUACAAUGUCUUGCAGCAACUGCAUAUUCCCGUUCUGAGGGAGGAUAAAGAGAGACUGAUGAUGCAAUCAGGGGAUGGGAAUAAACUACCCGCUGGAAAAGGGAACAGAUGUCUACGCCUGGAGGACGGGGCGGCGCAGAUGGACACAAAGUUACUGAGAUGCCUUCUUGAAUAUUUUGUAAGGAUGUUAAUAACAAACCAUCCCCCUUUUUUUCUUGCUUUACAUUUUCACCCUCAACAUGUGUAUAUAUAUAUACUUACUGUGUUACAUUUUAUCACUUUGUUUUCAGACACAGUUUUGAGUUUGGCUGCAUUUUCAAGUGGCACCUGUAAUGUAUUUUAUUGGUAUAUACAGAUAUAUAAAAAAAUAUAAAUAUAUAUGAAUACAAACCAAAUGUUUUGGUGGCUAAUGUGCAACAUCAAGCGUCAAGAUAAUGAUGUUUGUUUUUGUUUUGUUUUUAUGAUUAAGGUUUAGCGAAAGAGACUUAAAGUGUUUUUAAACUUGGCCUGAGCCUCUUUGUAGCGACACGUUUCAGGUAGCAGAAGAGUUGACCCUAAACUGUUUUCUACUCCCAGAUAUUUCUAAACAAACUCACAUGAGUAAAAGCCUGUUGCAUCAUCAAUACGUGGCUGAAAACUUUAUUCAAGACAUCCACAACCUCUCUUUGUUUCAGGGGUUCGAAGCUGAUUUGCAGUCCCAGGCCUGAACCUCCGUGGCGUAGCUCAUAAUCUCAGGUUUUCACUCAUUAUCGGCAGAAUUUGAGUGUUUAAGCUCUAGUUUAAUGUGGCAGAACGAAUCCACUGUGUUUUCCUCCCAUCACUGUCUGUAGUCUGCUAUGUGCCAAAGUCCUUCACUCCCGUUUGCUCUAUUAGCCCAAGACUUUCAGAACAAACUAUCCAGCAGUAGAGAUCCAUGGAUCGAAAUCUAGCAGCUGAUCUUCGGUUACUGUGAAGCUUUGACAUGCAGAUUCCGAAUUUAGCCAUUUCUGUUAUUUCUGAACUACUGUGACACAAGAGCAGCGUGAAAAGAGAUUUUUCUCACCUUCUAGCCAUGAGAAGUCAAUAAUUAUAUAGACUAGUUACAGAGUGGCUCUCUGUUUAUGCGAGGGCCAUUACUGUAAAACAGGGUUUGACUAUUUAAAAACAAAGACAAAGGAAUUACAGUUAACAUUUAAACCGUAAGAAUCUCCUGUUAGCCAUUAGCAUCCCGCUACUAAAACAGCCUUCUGUGAUGGCCCUUAAUUUAGAUCUUCUGCUGCGAUGCCUUCCUUUUGACUUUAAUGGGGCUAGAAAUGACUAUUAUCAAUGUAUCUCCCUUCCCUCCUUUACCACUUCUACACCACAGAGUGCGCAUGUUAGCGCUGCUUGCUAGCCUUAGAUAUGGUGCGUUCACCAAUCAGGGAAAGAUCAGAUCAGGCUAAAAUCAGUGUUCCAGUGACCUUGUUCAUUCCUGGAGUCUAACUAAGCAUUUAUUUAAAAAUUGGUGGACUUCAAUAUUAGCGGGUUUUUAUUCCAUAAGAUAAGAUGCUUCUCAAAUGCUUUUAACUUCUCUGUUACAGCAUCAUCACCUCAUUUGAUAAUGAGCCGAACCACAAAUAUAGGCAGAACUUUUUUCUUUUCCAAUUUAAAUUUGCAAAUAGUAAAAAUUCUGUUUAUUUUUUUAUGUUUUUCAAUCUUUUUUUUUAAGCUUAUAUCUUCUUUAAGGGACGACGGCCAUCUUUUUUCCCCCACCAGAAGAGGCUUAACCUGCCAUCUUUGUGAAGAUCCUAAGACUCUAUUGUUUUACUUGGCUGCAGUAAUCUUACAAAAACUAGGGUCACUUUUGAGGCUGUGCCCUUUGCGACUAAUGAAAGAAAAGCGAUUUCGUUCAGCAAAGGUCUGACAUGAACAGAGUUUGAAAAAUCUGAUUGAACAAAUCAGGGUUUCUUUUCCUUUGAAGGAUUUAGUUUUUUUCGCAGCCCGUUUCAUACAUAAACCAAACACAGCCAUUCUUGCGCACAAUCUACAUAACAAUAACCUCUUGUAUUUGAUAACCUUUAUAAAAGGAAUGAGCACAAUCAAAUGAUCUUGCUGCGGUUAGGAAGUGUGCGCUGAAUUCAAAAGAAAAGAUGAUUGCAUAAUUUUGACCGUUUGAGCACUCAUGCAAUAUUUGCACUAAAAGUAAAGCCCUUAAAUCCACCAAAAGGUAAAGCCAGAGAGAAAACAUGGUCUUGUAUUUAGAAGAAGAAGGACGUCUAGGAAUGUUUCAGAAGCUCCUUCAGGUCUCAGCUCCCCUCUUAGAUCCAUUUACAUGGUUCCAUUCCCUGAAACCGUGCAUCCUUGCUUUUAAAGGCAUAAAAAUUGCCAGCACUCAAUGGGAAGUGCCGUGAAUCCCCCCCACCCCUUCAUUAGUGCUGGGGCUGCCAUUAUGUUAAUAGAAAAGGAGGUGUUUAGUGUUUCUGUGUGUGCUUAGGUUACAUGGUAUUUGUUGCGCAGUUUGAUGACACUGCAGUUUGGAAGCCAAACAUGACACUGUGCCAACCCACCAGAGGAUCUAUUAUUUCUAAAUUGAAAUAAAAAGUGCCUCAGCAGUAGGGUUUAUUUUUAAAGCCAGCCGAAUCUCCAGGCUUAACUCUCCCGAGGUGUUGGAAGCAAUGUUAACCUUUUGGGGGUUUUUUUCUUAACUGGCACGCUCGUCCCUCGCCAUCCUCUAUUUAACCGAGAAAUCCUUUGUUGUAUGGAAGAGGAGCCAAAAUUCAAGACUGUGUCGAUCACUCUUCCCUACACAUUCCCUUCAGUUUCUAUCCCUUGUAUGAAUAGACGAAACUAACGUUUAGAUGCUUUUGUGACUAAUUUAAUUUGAAUGUUUUGGCUUUAUUUCCAUAUCAGUGAAAAAUGGGUCCAUUACAGCUAAUCUGUUGUGGAUUUCUUUGAGUAAAUAUGUAUAGUUUUUUUUUUUUCUUUUAAGAAAUGUAGUUCAAUCUCUUAUCACAAUAAAAAGAAUAACUCCCUUUAUUUUCUAAGACAUCCCAUGUGAGCAUUUUUGAUGCCUCAUUGAAAUCAUUAAGAAACAGCCGAUAGCCGGAGUAUAAAAUCCAUCUUGCUGCCACCUUUUUGUGUCCGUUAUCAAACUUAUUCCUUUAACUGUGUCCUUUGGGCGGUUUAAGUGGUCCACUUUCUCACCCCUCUUAUGUACAUAAUGUAAGUUUAUUUAUAUGUCAUGUUGUCUGCUGCCUCACUUAUUUUUCAUUUCUGUCACCACCCCACCCAUACACACUUUCAUCUUUUUUUCCUUUUUUUUUUUUAAAGGUGUUAACUGAACUGUAUCGGGACCAUUUGAAAUGUUAGAUAUUUUGGCCAUUUUUAAUUUGAAAAGAAUGUCUUAAGCAAUUUUUUUUAAGUAUUUGUUUAAGUUGGUUUCUAGUGUUUUUGUUAUUCAUAUAUGUAUAUAAUUAUAUAUAUGAUAAAAUUAUAUAUAAUUAUAUAAUGCUAAAUGGCCUUUAUAAACAAGAUACUGUUCGAACCUAAUAAAGUGCUUGGAAUUUUAA